UGCCGAUGACUGUACCUUAGCAGACGUCUGCAGUUAAGGCGUUUCGUAUAAUCGUGACGUUAAAACGAGAGUCAUCGGGGACCUCCCAUGGACAAUGGAAUAAGUUCCGUGGUCCAGGGUGAUUGCGUAUAUCAAUAGAGCACCAUGCUAUACGAGCCAUAUAAUCGGCGGUGCCGUAAUACUGAUUGAUUCGAAAUUAUAUAAUUUUUUGUAUGGACGGGACGGUUCGACGUCUCGCGCAGUGUGUAUAAGGAUCAGGAACGUUGGACGUGCUCAAACGUCAAAGGGAUCCUUGAGUCAUCGCUGUCGCGUAUUAUCUCUUUUAACCGACGACGCACGAACGUUCGGUACUUCAAAGAAUCUUUACGGAUCUUCAGAAGAAUCCUUUGGAGACCGCUGACCAUUUCUGUAUUAUACGGAUGAGACUAGACACCUUGUCUCGAACGUGAAAUGUGCUGCCAUUAGGAAUCUGGAGAGAAGGCUUUGACAUUACUGGUACUUACUGUGCAUCUUCAAGGAUUAUUUAUUUAAUUAAUUAGAAAGCUUUUCUGAUUAUUAAAUAGCUUUGUCUUUCUCCGGAAUAAGGGAUAGUCUGACCGUUAGAGAGUACAAUGCAAUUAUUUGUAAGUUUUACAGUAGUCGCAAGAUUUUGUAGCUGAUUUUUCAGUGCUCCGAAUGGCUCUUGUUUUUGUAAAAGUUCCAAGGACAUUAUGAGUAUUUCUUGUAAAUAAAGAGCUAGUCUUGCUGAUUUGUCAUCCCAAUUUUGGAAGUGUCUCACGGGCUCUGCAUCCGUCAGAGGAACUGUCUUGUUGGAAUUGAAACCUCUUCCAAAGAAAUGCCAGCACCACCACCACCACCAAGUCUGCCAGAGGCGCCGACCUGUGAGAAGACAGAAGUCAAUGAUGGCGAUACUCUUCCACCCUGGGCAAAGAUAACUCUCACAUCUGCAGAGGCUGAGAUAGAGAAACUGAUCGCUAGAAAUGAACUGAAGGAUGCAGAAGUCACCUAUUUCUGCCAAGUAGAACCAAUCCUACAAGAUGGACCUCAGUGUGGCUUGGUGGCACUGGCAAUGGCAUCACAGGAAUACACAAAGCCAGUAUCGGUGAGCCAAUUAUUAGCAGAGGCCAGGGUGCGCGGAUUCACACAGCACGGAGAGGUAUACAGUGUGGACUUCAUGGGUACCCUGGCCGCAGAAUAUCUACCAGAUCACAGACCCGACAUCUUGGUGGACCUCCAAACCUGCCCGGACUCCUUAACUCAUGCUCUGGCUCACGGUGCCAUGGUCCUCAUCCCUUACGAUUCCGACUUCAAUCACGCUCCGUGUUUAAAAAGGGGUCACAAGGCCCACUGGGCAUUACUCGUGGGCCUGAUUUCUUCUAGGCAAGGCUAUCAUGUAUUAGCGCGACAAGGGAAAUCACGACACUUGGCCUGCUGGCCAUUGCGCGAUCUGAUCGAGAGUAACGGUAACCUGGAGGAAGAAGGAACAGCAAGACAUGCCGGCGGUUACGUUAUACCAAAAGGGGGUGUCGGUGGGCAAAGAGGUCUUCGUGGCAGGGCGCUCGCUCUCCACCCUUAUAUAUAAAAUCCUAAAUGUGUGUAUAUAUUCCCUGAAUAUAUACAUACACGUGGGUAAUUUUAUAUCACAGUGAAAGUCUGAAUUGAAGAGGCGAUGCGCGAUGAAAAUUUAAAUACGAAGGGGUUGAACGAUGACGUUGGACCAAAGGUAAUUAAGAUCCAGGCAAUAUCGAAGCACAAAGAUAUUGCGGUUAUUACUAAUUACAUAGUAAACGAAAACCGGAUAUCCCAACCUCGACGCUAUUCGAGUCGUUGAAUUAGCCGUCUCGUUGUACGAUUACCUACUUUGUACAAACCCUUUGACCUUUGUUCCCGCUGCCGCUCGCUCACGACUUAAGAUUCGGGUCAAGACUAAUAUUAUAACAAGGAGCAAGUGCCAUCAGCCGUAUAUUGUAUAAAUGACGAUUCCUUUUCUUUUGUGUUCCACUUAAUUUUUCUCUCGUAUGAACAAUAUGCACGGGCGUCCCGACGAUGACGUACACGAUGAUCGUUAUACUUCAUACUCUCACUGUGAUGCGAUAACUAAUGCAGCAUGAAUAUAAAUACGUACGACGGACAGUGAAUAUUCAUAAAUCAUCCUGACAGCCGUACGUGGUUGUAUUACUCAUACACAACCGUAUAUAUAAAUAUAUAUAUAAGUAAAUAUUUAAAUGUAUUAGCUAGGAGUAACUAAAAACUAUCAACAAUUGUGGAGAGACGGGAAUUAAGAAAAUUCAUUGUAAGAGUAAUAACGAACAAGAUCCGUUAGCUGAAUUAAAAGGCAACAACUUAAUAAGGACUUGUCUAUUGUAUAUUGAUUAAGCGAGAUGCGGUAGGUUUUCAGUCAUAAUGUCGUUUUUCUUUCAUGCCGGCAUUACAUAUCAAAAAUUGAACGCGAGAACAAUGCACGUUUUAAUUGAUAAUUUGACUAAAUCAAGUGGAUCGAAGUUGAAUUGAUAUGUCCGCUCCCUUCCGCCGCCACUCCCCCCAUUUCUCCUCUAACAAGCGCGUAGAUAAGACAAUAUCAAUUGUUACACGUAAUACCAGCCACAAUUGUAUUGCUUUAAAAACGAGCCCUGAUAAUUUAUAUAUAAAAUUAUCGAGGAUCGUGUAAAGAUGAGGAUGUGGCGGGCUUUAUAUAUAGGUGCCAUACAAUUAAUUUAAUUCAUUUAUAUGGGUUUUUAAUACGAGCGACAGGAGCUACGACCGCAUCGCGUCUCAAAGAAAUGUAAUUAUCGUUUAAUUAAUAGUGACGUAACCUUAUUCAUCUCCUGUUGAGGUAAUGGCGUCUAGAGAAUUGAAAAAGGAAAAAAAACUGUGCAAUUAUAUAGAAUCAAGUUGGUUUUGAAAGCAAUGCGUACUGUAUCUAAUUUCAUGAAUUCUAGUGGAGACUUUUUUUAAAAUUAAUUUGUUUCUCCAUUUAUUACAAUCACUGUAGGAGCUUUCAUUGAUGCAUUAUUGAAGAAAACAAAUGUCUUAGGCAAACGCGAAUCCUUUUAAUUAUGCAUCAGGAAUGCAUUCCGUGUGAAAGCUACAGAUCAAAGAGAAAAGGAAAAAUAUAUAUAUACACGUUAGGUAUUUAAUUUAUGUUAUCAAUUUGUAGAUCGAUCGAAUGGCUUUAACCAAAUAAAAUUAAAAGACGUGGAAAUAAACUGUACCCAAGUGCCGUAAGAAGCGUCAUAUUCAUUUCUAAUGAUAUAUGUAGAUGACAAAAUUAUAGUCUACAAGUUCAAAUUUU